AGAAGAAACUCCCGCCAUUGUUGCAUUUGGUGAUACGUUUUGUAGAAACAGGGACCCCCAAACAAAACCCAAAAGCUAUAAUCUUUUAUCUUCACUGUCCAACUCACUUGAGGAGAAAGACAAAACAAACGCACACAACGAUGAAAUGCAAAGCCAAGAGUUCCAAACUGAAGUUGGGUAUACCCAUUUUCUUCUUCCUUUGCGCCCUUUUCUUCUUUGUUGGGCUCUUUGUGCCUCCUUUCUUCUUUCAGGUUUCUGAUUCAAAGUUGUUUCCAUUUUUGGGUUCUUGCGAUUUGGGUUACGAUAGACCACAGUCCAGAAUACUCCAAGAAUCGGUGAAGAAAGAAUAUGACGUUCUUGAGCAUGGUAAAUCUGGGGAACCCGUUGUUGAUCCAAUCCCAUUUCAGAUUUUAAGUUGGAGACCACGGGUGGUUUACUAUCCAAACUUCACAACUGCGGAAGUAUGUCAGCAAAUAAUUGAAAUGGCAAAGCCAAAACUUGAACCGUCAAAACUGGCUUUGCGGAAAGGAGAAACUGCUGAGAGCACAAAAGGCACUAGAACAAGUUCAGGUACAUUCAUCAGUGCAUCAGAAGAUAAAUCUGGCAUCUUAGACUUCAUUGAGAGAAAAAUUGCAAAGGUUACGAUGAUUCCUAGGACCCAUGGAGAAGACUUCAAUGUAUUGAGGUAUGAGGUUGGCCAGAAAUAUGAUUCUCAUUAUGAUGCAUUCAACCCAGCUGAAUAUGGCACUGUUCAGAGCCAAAGGAUUGCUUCCUAUUUGUUAUACCUAUCAAAUGUAGAAGCAGGAGGAGAAACAAUGUUCCCUUUUGAGGAUGGUUUGAAUAUGGAUAUAGGUUAUGACUACCAAAAAUGCAUUGGUUUGAAGGUGACACCACGGCAAGGUGAUGGACUUCUAUUUUAUUCACUGUUUCCAAAUGGGAAAAUUGAUAAGACAUCUCUUCAUGGAAGUUGUCCUGUGAUUAAGGGGGAGAAAUGGGUUGCAACAAAGUGGAUUAAUGAUCAAGAGCAAAUUACUAGUUUUCCUUCUAAGGAGUUUGCAUUCAUGUGAUAUGUUUGUCCAUAUCAAAUGGU